GCCAGUAUACGCUGCGACGUCGAAGUACGUGCGUUGAAAUUCUACGCGUUUAGUGCAGUGACUGAGUUCGCUUUUUUCUAUGAAAUGUUGCUAACAGCAGCAAUGACAUCCCCCGGCUACUACUGAAAAAUGUGGUUUGAAACUCAGCAGCAAAAUUGUGCAAUGAUGGGUUUGCAGGCGACGCAAGGUGUUGGUGCUCAGAAGCGAAAAUCCGAGGAGGCGACGGCGCCCGGCGACCCGACGCCCGCAAAAAACGGCCGAUGGGAAGCGGACGACUGUAUAGCGCGGCUGCGAGCUGUGGCGGUGCCGGCGGACGCGUGGCGCGCGCCCACCCCUUCUCUAGCAGCAACUCUGCUCGAUCCCGAUGAUGAUUUCGACGAGGACGAGUUCGAAGAUGAGCUGAGCGAUGAAGAAAGAUGCGGAGGAAUGCCUCCAGAACCCGCGAGGUUUUAUAGUCAACCCUCUUAUGCCAACAGGUACCAAUCUUCGACGGACUACUGGCAGUACUACCAACCCCCGCAGCAGCAAACGAUACGUUGCGAGGAAAACGGAAAAUCGUACUUGGAAUUGGGCGCGUCGCCGCCGGUGCGGACGCGAUGUUGCGACGGCAGGACGCGGUGGUGCCACGUGCCUUGUUACCGCCAACGCCGAUUGGCGGUGUUGAAUUUGUCGAUGUGCAAGCUGGCGCGCUACAGGCAGUGCAGCGACCCGUCGCUGAGGCGGUCCGUGCUCAUUUGCAAUACGCUUAGAAGGUUAGAGAGGGAGAUGGAGAGCGAGCCGCCGGAGCCGACGUACCCGUUGCCGGAGAUGGCGCCCCCUAGCCGAGUGAACCAGGUGGUGAGCGAGCCGAGCUACGAGCAGAGCCUGCGCGACAUGACGUGCGCGUCGGGUCGGGCGACGCCGUUCCCGAUGACCGGAUCGGACAACGAUUCCGGCUUGGGCGACGACGAGACGACGCGGCCGAUCAAUUGGGGUUCCGUGUUGAGUUUGAGUUCGCAAACGGACCUCGAGUCCCUCAAUAACAAUGAACUGUACGCAGAGUUGGGAUUGAGCGGUGUCAGUGGCGACGAGUGGAAAGAACCGACAACGUCGCAACGAACGGUUAGCGACCACCAAAGUGAUUGGGACGGGUUCGUGCACCAGGUGCUGGUCGGCGGCACGUAGCAAUAAAUCUAAAGGGACUAAACUAAAAAAUCGACCUUAAUCCGGCAACCCGG